CAAGCUUCGGAUCUUCCAAUGUUUCGCGCUGAAACCUAAAGAUCCGAGUUCCGCUCCCCGAGCAACUGAUACUCGACUGCCAUUGGCUAGUCUGCGUUCGAGGGGAGGGGCUUACCGAUAGGUCAAUUGCACCCCUGACCGCUAGAGGGAACUAAACACUUCCACACCGAAAAUCUUCAUGCCGGUUAAAUUUAGUGUUGUUACUGUGUCGCGGCUGUCAAGAUUUGUCGUUUUGACUGGGAUUUAAUCGCGUUUAACGGUCUCCUUCGAGUGGUGUGAGUUUAUUUGUCUAAACCAGUCGCGUCUUGAAACGCGUUUAAUGGUAUUGAGUGGGGCUGGCGAGCUAAGCUAGUAGCUAAUGUUCAAUGUGUAGAGACUAAAGCAUCUCCUGUAAGUCUCUGUGGAUAAAGAUCGUCGUCCUCUGACACCCUGGCUCUUCCUCGUAUCAAUGGCUGUUACCUCCCCAAACAAGAGACUGAAUUCAUCCAUACAGUCCUUGAGGAGCUGGAUGUGUUUCAACAGAGAAAUGAGCAAAAAAGCGUUCUGCUCUUCCCUCCUGUCCCGAGCCGACUUCGCUUCUUGAUUCACCAAACCAGUGCAAGUCAUCCCAACCUCAGCACCUUCUCUGUGGGCGAGGGCUGCGCUCGCAGAGUCGUAGUGUGUUAUUCAGACCUCAGGUUGCCAGAAGAAGACCAGAUAGAUACGGAGGGCAGAUCCAAUGAGCGAGCGCGGAGUCGGGACAGAGACAUGGAGACCGGCUUCAACAACAGUCGGAGAGCCAGACGGCCAGACAAGGCUAUUUACAUUCCGCGUGUUAUGAGACAUAAGAUAGAUCUGGAACAACCGAAUCUCAAGGAAUCAUCUGUGGGAUCCUCCUCUGACGUUGCUAAGGAUCCUCUUGUAACCAAUCAGAAGCCAGAGGUGGACAGUACUGGCCAGUCACUGGGCGAUGAGGAGUUUGUGCAGCUUUCGAGGUCGGGUCCGUCACCGUGGCCUCCAGCCUGGGACCAGACUGUGUCUUUCUUCACAUCUUUGACGUUAGAUGAUGAAACAGAUGAAACCUGUGCCAACAACACGGACCUUCCCACUGAUGCCACACUCCAGCAGCAGGACGUUGAUGAAAGUUUGCUCUCUGAGAUCAAAGCCAAGCUCAAACAUGAGGACAUCACCAUACUCAACACCUGCGUUGAUUUCCCAGCCUAUGCAAACAUCUGGCUGGACCCACAGGAGUUCAGCCACGUCAUUGAGAUCUACGACUUUCCUGCCAUGUUUAAAACUGACGACCUGCUUGAUGCCUUUGCUGACUAUAGUGAAGGGGGGAUGAAGAUCAAGUGGGUGGAUAACACUCAUGCUCUCGGUGUAUUUUCAAGUCAGGCGGCAGCUACACAGGCACUGUCCCUCAAACAUCCCAUACUGAAGACCCGCACGCUGCUAGAGGGGAGCCAGAAAGCAAAGUGGAAAGCCACCAGACAUGCAGAGUUCAUUCAGCCGGUGAAGGAAAGGCCUCGGACGGACACAGUGGUGGCUCGCAGGAUGGUGACCAGAGCGCUGGGCUUGAGGGGGAGACGCUGUGAAAUGAGAAACAACUUCAACUGAAUGAAUAAAGUCAGACUGUCCUUCAGUUAAAACUAGACUGGGAAAAGAACAAAUGUCCUUGACAUUAACUACUACACUACUCAGACUGGGAAAGGACACGCUGUAAAGCGCUGUUUAGCUGCACAGGAUGUCGAAAUUCUCAAAAAUAUGAAAUAUAUGUGGUCUCCCAAGUUUUAAUAGGUUGAGUUCUGUACUAUUUUAGGAAACAAGACAGUAGUAUGUUAAGUGAGCAUUUGAUUAUUUCCUGAGUGAGUUUUGGUAAGCAUUCAGAGGACUUUGGUUCUUUCUUCUUAAGCAGGAAACAGCCUUGUUUGUUUUUUUUCCCUGCUCUGUUUCCUCAUGCUAACAAGCCCAGCGUCUGGUCCAGCCAUUGUAAAUAGAUCAUUUUUAUUAACUUAAAUCUUAUUUAAUACAAAUAAGCCCUUUUGCUCGUUGGGUUUCCUGAAAAUGGGUCAUCCAGGACCAUCAUAUUUAAUCUAAUGAUUAAAUUAAGUAGACUGUGUGUUUAGCUUUGUUUGUCAGUGUUGUUUUCAUGUUCAGCUUGUGUAAUCUGAGAUGGGAAUGGAGUCUAAAUGACAUUUUUGACACUAAAUGUACAUAAUUCUGUUUGUUUUGUUUGCUACCGUUAUAUUUGACUUGUUUGUAUGAGUUGAUUUGUUAAAAAAAAAAGACUUAUUUCUUCACUAUGAUGCUUUAAAAUUGUUUGAUACCGCAACCCGUUUUUCAUGUUUUAAUUAAAUGUUUUGUUUGUUG